AUGACUUCGAUCAAACAAGAAAUUUACAACGAUGAAGAACUCCCGCCUCCUGAAGUUCAAGAGGGAAGAAGCCGUGCAUUCUGGGUAUUUUCGGUGCUGGGACUUGUGGUGGUAGCAGCAGGAAUUGCCGGUGUGACCUAUGCGGCAGUUCCCAGUUUGAAACCAGCGAGUUCGGAAGCAGCCGUAGGAACUAAUGUUGAAACCUCUGCUGGAGAGCCGACAGGGUCACCUAUUGCGAUCCGAGCCACUUUGGCACCAACUUUCGAGGCCACCUCUUCCUCUGGAACGGGAGAUUGUAACAGUGGACAAAAGUUGGUGGAAUUUUUCAUUCAACUCGAUCAAGACUCAAACCAUGAAACUGGAUGGUCCCUCCACUGCAGCGAAGGAGAAGUAUGGAACGUCCCCGUUGGAAUUCUAGAAGAAACCAAAGAAAACCGAAGUGGAAACAACCAGAUCAUGCAAUCCACUUGUGUGGAUGAUACUGAGACCUGCGAGUUCAUCGUCUAUGACUCUUACGGUGAUGGUCUCAUGGAAGGCAACGGAUACUUUUAUCUUCGAUAUGGUGCUGCUACUGUGGCAACCUAUGCCAUGUCGGAGGGUGAGUUUGAUGAAUUGAGGUACUGCUUUGGGCCUAACUGCCAUGAAGAGUUAGAUCCCAUCCAAGACGAACAAUUGGACCCCAUUGAAACCACCGAUGAGUGCGCUAGACUCUACCUUGGGAUUGGUUUCGAUGCUAACCCAGAAGAACUAAGCUACCAAGUCCAAUGUAACGGUGAGGUAGUUCUCCAAGGACCAUGGGGAGACAACCUUCCCUUUUCCAUCUUUGAAGAAGAGACUUGCGUGCCAUUGAACUCGUGCUGCAAAUUCAACGUGACAGACAGUGGUGGCGAUGGUUUGACUUCCAUCCAAGGAGUCGGAGGUGACUAUGGUUGGAUCUACGUUGAAUAUGGCAUGGAAAAGGUCUAUGGGUACACUGGGGAUGACGACGGUGCCUUUUCGAAUGCCGAAGCUGCUUUUGGAGAUGGCUGCGAAGGCGGUGCUUAG